AGGCAGCAAACCCCAUAGCCGUCGGUUAUUAUGUUCAACACUUAUUUUAUGUAAUAGAAUAUUUGUCACCUUUUACAUAUUAUAUUUUUCCUACUGGAAAUUUGUUUUGGUGAAGCGCCCCUAGAGGACAUAACAGUAACUAAUUGAGUGGUCGGAUGGAUAGAAUUCAGUGAAUGAACUGAUUUCGUUCUUAGAAAAAUCACAGUUACAGCACUAUAUUUGGUGCUUGUAAUCCUAUGCUCGCAUCUAACACCAGUAUGAUUCUUUACUGAGUAAAAGUUAUUGCUCUAAAUCCACGAACUGUAGGUGCACGCGUACUACAAGUUAAAAUGGGGCAAACAUUGUCCGAGCCUGUCACUGCAAAGGAGACCUCAAGUUGCAUGAACGAGUAUGUGAAAGUCGGUGCAUCAUGCAUGCAGGGAUGGCGCAUCAAUAUGGAAGAUGCACACACUCAUCUCUUGAGCUUGUCAGAGGACAAAGAUGCAGCAUUCUUUGCAGUGUAUGACGGCCACGGCGGUGCAAAGGUGGCACAGUACGCCGGGAGCCACGUGCAUCGCAAGAUUGUGGGGCAACCAUGUUAUCAGAAAGGCGACAUUGUAGAGGCCAUUAAAAAGGGAUUCCUGGAACUGGACUCUGAUAUGCUUAAAGAUGAUGCCAUGAAGGACGAACUGGCUGGCACAACAGCGGUGGUGGUGUUGCUGAAAGAUGGCAAACUGUACUGUGGCAAUGUAGGGGACUCGAGAGCAAUCGCGUCUGUGUCUGGGCAGGUCCAGCAGCUGUCGUUUGACCACAAGCCGAGCAACGAGGCUGAAACCCGGCGCAUCAUUGCCGCAGGAGGAUGGGUCGAAUUCAACAGGGUUAAUGGAAAUCUAGCCCUAUCACGUGCUCUUGGUGAUUUUGUGUUCAAGAAAAAUGAAAAGAAGUCUGCAGAGGAACAGAUUGUCACAGCUUAUCCGGAUGUUGUAGUGAAAGAAAUAACUCCCAGUCAUGAAUUCCUCAUACUGGCCUGCGACGGAAUUUGGGACGUGCUCUCAAACGAAGAAGUCGUUGAGUUUGUCCGCGUCAGAAUAGCUGCAAAGAUGGAACCGGAACAGAUUUGUGAGGAACUGAUGACUCGCUGCUUGGCACCCGACUGCCAAAUGGGAGGUCUGGGGUGCGAUAACAUGACAGUGGUGCUCGUGUGCCUCCUAAACGGUGCCCCAUAUGAAGAACUGGCACGGCGCUGUGCACUGCCUCCUGCACCCGGACCCCCAUCUCCGCCACUGGACAGUCUGAUUGGGCUGGAAGACGAGGAGCACAGCUUUGACGAGGAUGAGCGUCACUGCGGCGAUGAUGAACGGAACUUCACCGAGGAGACACUGAUGACCAUAGCGGAUGAUGCGCAUCGACAGGGUGACGUGGCGAGCGAAGAGAAGGGUGACUCGUCAAAUGUGAUUCCCCCUCCCUCGUCCCAGCUUUCGGAACUUCCACCCACAGCUUCCCCCGCACCCCUGCGGGAAACAGGAGGCGAGAUGGCGGUGGCAUGAUUUCAGUAGGUGAUAGAAUGGGGGCGAGGGGCUUCUAGGGAUCGCCCGGGUUUGCGUCGGUCACACGUGGGGCUGUGAUUUGAGGGAGACUCUGAAGAAACAUCGAUUGAGUAGAAAUGAGUAUUUAAGUGUUUCUUCGCAGCAUGAAUUGUGGAACAACUCGGUGGCCGCAAUGAGAGGCAGAAGAUUUUGAUCGGCUUAACUUAUGCUUGUCGACGCGUACGGCUACUGGCGAGAGAGAGAGGCUGAAAUCGAAGGUGUAAAAUUUCGGAAGGGGUGUCACACCUCUCGCGCAGGUGUGCGGUAACAACCAGAGAAGACACGCGUGCCCUCUUUUGUUGUCUCUGUUUGUGGCACGUUUUUAACCUGUACACAAGCAUGUGGCCUGCAGUGGCAAAAAUAAAAAGACACUGCUGCUGGACACACAAAAAAAAAAGCUACGUGGUUUCAGGUGAAUGCUGAAGAGAGCUCGAGUUUUAUAAAGGAUGUAUACCUCAUUACAAAGUGUAUAUAAUGGAUCCCCCCCAUUAUCAAAGUUUAACAUGAUGCCCAGUGGAGCACACCCACUUUUCUUUGUGUGUUUCCGUUCUGUUACAUGCAAUUGCAGCGUCUUUAUUUACCUGUUCCAUUUCUCUCUCUUCUCCUUCCCUUGUUGCAUAUUCAGGUUGUGUUUGGGAGCUUACACUUUCAAGUGUUCCAAUGCAAGGAAUAAUCCAUCGCAAAUGUUCUUCCAGAAAAGUACACACAACACAAGGGCAUUUUCUUCGGCAGUGCAACAGCAUUGCCUACAUUGUGUUAACUUUUGUGAAGUUUUUAGAGUUUUACAAGUUUUAUUAGGUAAAUAAAUAUGACUGCAAGCAGUAAUACUGUA